AUGCCUGAAACUGCUCGUUACACUGCUCUUGUUGCUCAGAAUGCAGAGAGAGCAGCGGCUGAUAUGUCCAAGGUUUUGCAGGUGGAGAUUCAAGCUGAGCAUGAGAAAGUUGAGAAGAAAACUACUGAUCAUACAAAGGCCAAGUUGUUUGGAUUGUUUUCCAAGGAGUUCCUGAUUCGUCAUGGCCUUCAUUUGCUGGGAACCUCGAGCACUUGGUUCUUGCUUGACAUUGCUCAUUACAGCCAGAACCUCUUCCAGAAAGAUAUAUUCAGUGCAGUUGGAUGGAUUCCUCCUGCAAAAACCAUGAAUGCCCUCGACGAGCUUUACUCCAUCCCCAAGGCUCAAACUCUUAUUGCUCUGUGCAGUACAAUUCCAGGCUACUGGUUCACCGUGGCUUUAAUUGACAAAAUAGGAAGAUUCACUAUCCAGAUGAUGGGGUUCUUUUUCAUGACUGUGUUCAUGUCUGCUCUGGCCAUUCCUUACCACCACUGGACUCUGAAGGAGAACCGAAUUGGAUUUGUGGUUUUGUACUCUCUGACUUUCUUCUUCUCAAAUUUCGGACCUACUGCUACAACAUUUGUGGUGCCAGCAGAGAUUUUCCCAGCCAGAUUUAGAUCAACGUGCCAUGGCAUAUCGUCAGCGUCCGGGAAGCCGGGGGCCAUAGUUGGCGCAUUCGGAUUCUUGGCUCUGGCACAGAAUCAGGAUACCAGAAAAGUAGAUGCAGGGUAUGGUCCAGGUAUUAUUCACUACUUGUGCUGGGCGCCAUCAACGCUUUAG